CGACGAUUCAUCGGCGGGUAUUUAUUUAGUACCGAGUCACCGUCAGGGUCGCCGCGCGCUGGAUUAUUAGCAGAGUCGAGCGAGCAAGCCAGGCCCGCGCUCGCUAUCAGCGGCGCGGACAAAGGUGCACCGGCGGCGGUAUCUACGGGACAAAUCGUGACGAAGCGAUCUCGCGCUUUCGCGCCGCCGGGCGAAACGACAGCGAGCGCGGAGCGACGGACGGUGACAGUGCACGGCAGCAAGCGACAGAGCCCGCCGACGAGAGAGGAGAGACGCGCGGCGUCUGACAGUCCGCUCCGUCUGUGUCCGGAGAAUAAAAUUGCUUUCGAUCACCCCGCGGUCCGUCCAGCGGCAGAAGCCACGUGCGUAUGCAAAUCGGCCGUACGCGCGCGGUCGAUUCGCUCGCUCGCUUGCUCGCUCGCUCGGUCUCGGUUACGCCGCCGCAUCCUAUCGGAGCAGAGCCAAAGCGAGAGGUGGAGGAGAGAGAGAUGCCUGCGUCAUCGUGUAUCAUCGGCGAGAUCGAUCGUGAAACAUGAUCGCGCCGCCUCGCUGUCCGCCGCCUUCUUUUUCUCCUCCGCGCCUCCGUUCUCCCAUCUCGCCCUCGCGAGUGUGAUUUCCUCGACGUAGCAGUGGAUCGCCCUGGCGAUCUGGCAGGCCGGUUCUACUUUAAUGGAUGGCAAGAAAGAUUGCCAGCGAAAGAAAGAGGCCCGGGCGGGCGGCGACGGCGGCGGCGGCGACGACGGUGGCUCCCAGUCGCCCGUCCGGGGCGACGACGCUCCGCUCGCCGCGUCGGGGGAGGAAAUCGAUUGGGAGGGUAUGCUCGACAAGGAGCGCCACCGGGGCGACCUCGGCGACAUGACGUUCUGCAUGGCCAACUACCUGAAAGAGACGAUGAAGAUGAUGUUUAUGAUGCGCAGCCAUCACAUGCUAACUGACGUGAUACUAGAGGUCGGAACCGAGCUGUUCCACGCGCACAAAGUUAUCUUGGCAGCAGCUAGUCCCUACUUUAAGGCAAUGUUCACUGGAGGGUUGAAGGAGUGCGAGAUGACGAGGGUGAAGCUUCAGGGUGUCUGUCCAACCACAAUGGCCCGUUUAAUGUACUUUAUGUAUACUGGUCAAAUAAGAGUCACUGAGAUUACCGUGUGUUCGCUGCUGUCGGCGGCUACCAUGUUUCAAGUCAGCAAUGUGAUAGACGCGUGCAGUGUCUUUCUUGAGAGGCAACUCGAUCCCACAAACGCGAUUGGAAUCGCCAACUUCGCCGAGCAGCACGGCUGUCACGAUCUGUACCACAAGGCGAAUCAGUUCAUCGUCCAGCACUUUAAUCAGAUAUGCCAGGAGGAAGAAUUCCUGCAGCUGUCUGCCAUACAGCUGGUGGCGCUCAUCAGGAAGGACGAGCUGAACGUGCAGGAAGAGCGGGAGGUCUAUAACGCCGUGUUAAAGUGGGUCAAGUACAACGAGGACGCGAGGCGACCAAAAAUGGAGCACAUCCUACACGCGGUACGCUGUCAGUAUCUGACGCCAAACUUCCUGCGGGAGCAGAUGAAAAACUGCGACGUGCUGAAGAAGGUGCCAGCGUGUCGCGAGUACCUGGCGCAGAUCUUCAAGGAUCUGACAUUACAUAAGAAGCCGGUCGUGAAAGAGCGCACGCCGAAUACGCGGCGGGUGAUAUACAUUGCUGGCGGUUUCUUCAAGCAUUCGCUCGACGUCCUGGAGGGCUACAAUGCCGACGACAAGACAUGGACGCAACACGCCAAGCUCAUCGUCCCCAGAUCCGGUUUGGGCGGCGCGUUUCUCAAGGGGAUGUUUUACGCGGUCGGCGGUAGACACAAUUCACCAGGAAGCAGAUACGACAGUGACUGGGUCGACAGAUAUAACCCGAUGACGGAUCAGUGGCGACCGUGCAGCCCGAUGUCGGCACCGAGGAACAGGGUUGGAGUUGCCGUUAUGGAUGGCCUAUUGUACGCCGUGGGUGGCAGCGCGGGCGUCGAAUUCCAUAACAGUGUCGAAUGUUAUGACCCGGAUCAAGACACAUGGACCAGUGUGAAAUCUAUGCACAUCAAACGGCUAGGCGUAGGAGUAGCGGUAGUGAAUAGAUUAUUGUAUGCGAUUGGUGGCUUCGAUGGCAAGAACCGGCUCAACUCGGUAGAGUGUUACCAUCCUGAGAAUGAUGAAUGGACAAUGGUGUCGCCUAUGAAGUGUAGUCGUUCGGGAGCCGGGGUAGCCAGUCUGGGCCAGUACAUAUACGUUAUAGGCGGAUACGACGGAAAAUCGCAAUUGAAUUCGGUAGAAAGGUACGACACGGAACGCGACAUCUGGGAAAACGUGAGCAGCGUCACCAUUUCUCGCAGUGCUCUUAGCGUUACCAUUCUUGACGGCAAAUUAUAUGCAAUGGGAGGAUACGACGGGACGACGUUUUUAAACAUAGUGGAAAUUUAUGAUCCCGUUCAAGAUCAAUGGACCCAAGGUGUGCCUAUGACAUCGGGAAGAUCUGGUCACGCUAGCGCGGUGUCGUAUUAUCAGUGUCCUAUACAUUGUGAUCAUUUGGAUUAUAAUAUCUCAUUGGAGAAACCACCGUCGUGAUACGCGGCAGUUGAUACGCUUUUUAGGUGACAUUUGAAAGAAAGGAUAGCAAAUUUUUUUAAAUUCACGCGAGAUAAAACGGAACUGCAAAAUAUAGUGUGAAAUAAGUUUUUUUUUAAAUGGGACUGUGUGAUGUAAAGUGGCAAGGAUGAAAUUAUUCUUCAAUCGUCCAUAACAGAAGAGAGAAAAGUGUAUUUAUGUAAUUCUUGGACGGCAAUAUGUCGUCGAACCAGACCAUACAUGUGGGCUAGAAAAGCGCGACUAGUCGACAAAAAGUGCUUUCACGACAAAGCGAGGUAACUCGUUAUUGAAGGACCAAUUUAUCUUAUUCAUUAUAUAAGACAAAUGCGACUGUGCUACGUUUCAUAGUUUUACCGCUUUUUAAUUAUGGAUGUGAUCUAUAAUUAAUACAAUGUAGAAAGAUAAUAUGUAAUGUACAUAUCUCUCACAUCGUAAGAAAAUUAUUUUCAAAGAAAA